UAAAAUUAGGAAGUAAUGAGCGUGGAUGCAUUGGGAAGCCCCGUGAUGGACCCUACGUUUUCCAAACGGAACACGGCGCUGAGAUUAGUUGACUUGGCAGGGGCUCACCACCAUCACCAUCAUCACCACCAUACCCCUCAGAGCGUGACAGGCUUCCCGGGGUUCAGCAGCCAUCCACACUCAAUGGCUCACUCGCACCCUGGGGAGAUUACUGCGGAACCCCGCCUGGGGCCGAGUCCAUUCGGGCCAGAACACAUGGGGCACUCCGCGGCCCUCAAAAUCAGCCCAGCCCAUCAUUAUCCCCACCACCAUCACCACCACCACAAUCAUCAUAUGGCAGGCCACAGUGAAGUGGUCUCCAGUCAAACGGGAGCUUUUGGCCCGGUUCAGGCGACAUCGGUCCCCUAUUCUAUGUCUCACACGGCCCAGGCUUUAUCUGCAGGUAGGGAUUUCCUCAUCCGGAGAGAUCUGACAGCUCAAGCCAUGCCAGUACUGACUGACCAGACUGCUGGUUCAGCCUCUCACCACGGAAUGUUUGUCUCAACAACAGGUAGCUAUCCCGGACACUAUGGUCAUCACCCUGACGCUGGGAACCAUACCCUCUUCUCCGGACUCCACCACGAGCAGCCUUCUAGCGGAUCACCGGGUGGCCAAACACUGAAUGGACAAAUAAGGUUAGGACUACCUGGAGAAAUGUACGUUAGGUCUGAUCACUUGAGUCAAGUGGCAAGCUCCAGGGCUGAUCCGUUCUCUGCCUCGCCUUUGCAUGGCUACGGUGGUCUGAAUCUGAACAUGAAUCUCAGCGCUCAUCACCACCACGGAGCCGGUGCCUUUUUCCGCUACAUGAGGCAGCCGAUAAAGCAAGAGCUGAUCUGCAAGUGGCUGGAGCCGGAGCACUCGCCGAAGAAACUUUGCUCCAAAACUUAUAGCACCAUGCACGAACUCGUAACGCAUGUGACGGUAGAGCACGUUGGAGGACCAGAGCAAGCGAACCAUAUAUGUUUUUGGGAAGAGUGUCCCAGGGAAGGCAAACCAUUUAAAGCAAAAUACAAACUUGUAAAUCACAUUCGAGUGCACACCGGGGAGAAACCGUUUCCAUGCCCGUUCCCUGGCUGUGGGAAAGUGUUUGCAAGAUCCGAAAAUCUAAAGAUUCACAAAAGGACGCACACAGGUGAAAAACCCUUCAAAUGUGAAUUUGACGGCUGCGACAGACGCUUCGCCAACAGCAGUGACCGGAAAAAGCACUCGCACGUCCACACCAGCGAUAAGCCCUACAACUGCAAAGUGAGAGGCUGUGAUAAGUCCUACACACACCCCAGCUCCCUGAGGAAACAUAUGAAGGUGCACUGCAAGUCCCCUCCGCCCAGUUCAGGCUACGAGUCGUCAACCCCCUCCCUGGUCUCCCCUUCCUCAGACUUGGGCCGGGAACCAGGCGGCUCCUCGGUCCUUUCAGAGCCGGUGGGAGCCUCCCAGCCGGCGAAUUUAAGUGAAUGGUAUGUGUGCCACAGUUCAGGUGCCAGCGGCGCCCAAACACCACCCAGCGGGCACUCCACACCGGACCCCACAGACGAGCCACCUUACAGAAACCCGGAACCGAGGGACGCUUUUUAACGCGGCUAAGCUCGUACACAGGUGCCAGCAGUGACAGAACACAUUUCCACAAGUUUAACUAUUUAGAAGCGGUUUGGCUUUGGUGCCUAUGUGCCUGUUCAGCACCACUGGUACCCUUCUUUUUUCUGUGUGUGUGUGUGUGUGUGUGUGUGUGUGUGUGUGUGUGUGUGUGUGUGUGUGUGUGUGUGUGUGUGUGUGUGGGGUGGGGGUUCUGAGUGCCACCAAAAAGACACCCAGAAUCAAAAGACGCGUUUUACUACAUUGGAAGCAAAAUGUGCAAACCUUGAAGACGUGCUAAUUUCCUGGCAUAAUAAAAGAAUAUAUUUUCAGAACUCAGUUGUUCAAAAUGGUUGGCUCCGUGCCUACACGCCCUGACGGCCCACUGGUCCACUUCUGGAGAGAGUCUUGUAAAUCUGUUAGACAAUGUGGUACAUUAUUGUAGGGUAGGCAUGUUGGUGUAAAAUGAUUUUGUAAAUUCGAGUUUUGACUUCAAUAUGUUUUUAUUUAUUUUUCAAUCUGAUAUUGAAGGAUUUUGUAUUAUCGAACCAAAGUGCAUGUUUGAAUUAGAACAAAGGAAAAAAAGGGGGGGAAAGGAGGAAAAAAAAAUGUACAUUUGUAAAUUUUGUAAGUUUCGAUGUGUUGAUGUUAGUUUUGUAAGGAUCUGUCUCGGAGCAGUUUCUCACUGAAUACUGCGGCUAUUUGUACAAACAUUUUAUGUUUACAUCAUUUCUUUACCCCCAUUUGUGCAGAGGGUCAGUAAUUAAGCUGUUUCAUAUGCCUGCAGUAUUUGAUAUACGACCGUGAAAUUAUAAAUGUUUUAUCAAAGUGGGCAUUUUGUGAUUUUUUUUUUAAUUUAACUUUAUUUUUUGUAUCAUUGUUGUCUUUUUUUCUUUUU